CUUUGCUCCGCGGGCAGCGCUGGCUCUCGCCGAUAUUUCCAGCUCGCUGUGGAUUGUGGGAGAGACGAGGACACUGCCCGAGCUUGUUACCGGAGACAUUUUUUUUUUCGCCGUGCCCUGCUUCUAGCCUGACACUGGUAGCUGUCUCAGAAUCAUGUCUAGCCGAGGAGGAAAGAAGAAGUUGACUAAGACGUCCCGGUCCACCAAGGCCGGGGUCAUCUUCCCUGUGGGGCGCAUGCUGCGCUACAUCAAGAGGGGCCUGCCCAAAUACCGCAUAGGGGUGGGAGCACCUGUCUACCUGGCUGCUGUCCUUGAGUAUCUUACUGCGGAAAUCCUGGAAUUGGCGGGGAAUGCAGCCAGAGACAACAAGAAGGGUCGCGUCACACCACGACACAUCCUGCUGGCCAUUGCCAACGAUGAGGAGUUAAACCAGUUGCUGAAAGGUGUGACCAUCGCAGCAGGCGGAGUCCUGCCCAACAUCCAUCCAGAGCUGCUGGCUAAGAAGAGAGGCAUAAAGGGCAAACUGGAAACACCCGUCUCACCAGCCCCUGAGAAGAAACCCAAGCCGGUUAAGAAAACAGUGGCUAACAAAAUGAGUGGGAAAAAGGCAGGAGGGAAGGCGAAGAAACAGGGGGAGGUGAGCAAGGCGGCAUCGGCAGACAGCACCACAGAGGGAUCUCCAACCGACAGCUUCACCGUGCUCUCCACCAAGAGCCUCUUCCUGGGUCAGAAGUUGCAAGUUGUCCAAGCCGACAUUUCCAUCGUGGAGAGCGACGCUGUCGUUCACCCGACCAACUCCUCCAUCUAUACAGGUGGUGAAGUAGGCUCUGCUCUGGAAAAGAAGGGAGGGAAGGAGUUCACUGAAGCGCUGCAGGAGCUGAAGAAGAAAAAUGGCCCUCUAGAGGUGGCUGGUGCUGUGUUGACCGGAGGUUUUGGUCUGCCCGCCAAGUACGUCAUCCACUGUAACAGUCCAGGCUGGGGCUCCGACAAGUGCGAGGAGCUGCUGGACAAGACAGUGAAGAACUGCCUGGCUCUCGCUGACGAGAAGAAACUCAAGUCUGUGGCCUUCCCCUCUAUUGGUAGUGGAAGAAACGGUUUCCCGAAGCAGACGGCGGCCCAGCUGAUCCUCAAGGCCAUCUCCACCUACUUUGUGGCCACCAUGUCUUCCACCAUCAAGACCGUCUACUUCGUGCUGUUCGACAGUGAGAGCAUUGGGAUCUACGUGCAGGAAAUGGCCAAGCUGGAGACGAGCUAAAAGAGUCUGGAGUAUCCGCCUCCUUGUCCUUUUCCCCAACCAUUUUUUUCCCUGCAAGGAAAUAGGAAGGUGUUUACUAGUGAUUUGUUAAAAAAAAAUGGAGAGAAGAAGAAAAAGAAGAAUCUUUCUUAAGGCCGGGAACUUGUUUUUGCAUUAUGUUUGUAUUUUUUCCUAUAUUGUUUUUAAUUUCUUAUUUACUUGUCACCUCUGACGUUUAAAUGUAGAAGUACACUGUUCAUUCUGCGGUCUUUUAAUACAAAACAGUGCCACACAAAACAGAUUCAACAGAGUGAAAAGACUCACUUUAACAUUUAAUUUUCAUGAUAUAUAUAAAAGAUGUUAUGAGAGAUAGCUACUCCUCAAUUACAAGGCUUCCAGAGAAGUCGGAUGAAUACGGGUUAAUGCAUGUAAUGGCAGUAAAAGGCAGUAAAGAUAACUGUUCACUUUCUUUUGAUCUCAGUAACACAAAACACUUAAUUGAGUGUAUUUUUGGUAUGAAUUCCUGGUUUUGGAACAUCUCUGUUGUUAAUAGUACUGUAUAAUGAAAAGGUAAUGCAUACAGAAGAGUUCAGUUUGCUCUACUUUGAUCUUCUGGAGACUAAUAUGACAAAGUGUUUUUGUUUUUGUGUUGUGUGUUGCAUUUGUUUCCUUUUUGUCCUGCAGAGACCCUGAACUCCCAAAAUAAUUUUAAUCAAUUGAAAAGAGAGAAAACAAGUUCUAAAUUCCCAUAUACAAGUACUCAUCCUGAUACUGACAUUAAGGAACAGUUUACCUCACCUGAACAUUCAUUGGUUGUUAUUUACAGGAAAGUAAAUCAAUUUAUGACAUGAAAAUGUAUAAUUUGUGUUGGCGCUUGCAGGGCACUAAUGGUUUAUAUUGUGUGUUUCUAUCAGUGUUUAUAUAGAUGGAGUAUUUGUGAAAAGUUAUAGUAAAAUAUUGGACUGUAACAGAGAUUUUUAUUUUCUAUUUUAAUUUUCACACUGAUUCUAAAAAGGCACAGUUGAUUUGAAGAAAAAAGAAAAAUGUAAGAGAUUGUUCUUUAGUGUGUUUUGUCUUUGUUAAGCCAUAAAACAGAUGUACUCAUUUUUGCUGGAAGUGAAGGCUCUCUGCUGCUGCUUUUGGUUAUUCUUUCACCACUAGAUGGCUCCCUAUUAUCAAGAAUUGGAUUUUUUUUUGGAUUUUUUUUUAUCUCAGCCAUUUUCUGUGCAGCAGCAGGCCUCUUCACACAGACGCUGGUCGAUUUGAGUUUGAUUUGAAUUGGGACUGACGGACGUAUACAAGGAACCGGACUGCUUUGCUGCAUUUGGACUUUUCAACAGCCUAACUUUCUUAUGAAAAAAAAAAAGAGAAAAUUUCUAAAGAAUUGCUACAAUUGAUGAUUCUACAAAAAAGUCUGUACACACUCCGGUAAUAAAAUACCUUUAAAAACUU